AUGGCUGGAUCACAGGAUGAAGACUCAAGAAUUGCAGAGGGCAUAUAUGACCCUUCUGUACGCACUCUGUACGGGGCCUUAAGGGUCUUCGACCCGGACGUCGUUCAGUCGAUCUUGGAUCUCGUUGCAAACCUCGACGGCCUCUCGCUGAGGCUUGCAAGGGAAAAGGAGUAUAGGCAUGAUAUAGGCAAUGUCAAUCCUUCUCUGUGGGGAAUCGUUCGACGACUCUGGGCUGCUAUCACUCUUGCGCACGAAGAGAGGGACCUUGAGAAUGCGCCGAACUUGUUUGAUCUCUGCCAAAGCCUCGCGAAGUUUACGCGCAAUCUCGUCGCAGCAGAACCGGCCAACCAAAAACGUACAUUUGAAAACGAGCCAUAUAUGCGCGCUUUGGUCUACCAGUAUACAUCAUACACGGCUAUGCAAGACGUCAACUCAUUUGCUGCCACAAGGAUGCUGGUGCAGGCUUUGUCCAACCUUGUGACUGCCAAUGAUCCUUUGGCGCAGGAGCUGUGGCAGGCAUACUUGAAUCUACCAGAAGAGCAGCUGAUCUUGUUACGACUCUUUGGCUCUCCUGAUGACCGAACGAUUGUCUCAACUCUCGUUUUCAUCCUCAAUUGUAUUCAUGGCAAGCCCGAGCGUAUGCGGCUGCUUCUUAGUAGCCCAAGAGGGCCGCGAGUGUGCAUUGGAAUGCUCGACCGCUUGAAUGCGUUGGUCGAUGCUGAUGAGUCCAGCGACUUGGGCAAGGCCUUCGAGGUCGGAUACCAGGUCUUCGCAGAGCUGACAUCUGAGGGUUUGCUUCCGGAACUGUACGAUACCCUGGCAAUAGAUGAGGAAGUGAUCACCCCACAUCAGACGACGCUUCUCAAAAUCCUCGACUCGUACCUGCAAACCUCUCCAUCAGACCAGCAGGCACACAUAUCGGGCACUCUUGUUCAAAUGUUGAUCUCCAUAUUCUUUACGCUGUCGACCUACGCGCAAGAAGCUAUACAACGCUCACUUGGCCCUGGUAAUGCGGAUGAUCACGAGUCUCCCAUAGAGACUGUAACCACCCCUUUGUCCAAUGGUCUGAAUCACAGCGACGUGAGCGAUACGCCCGUGGCACCGGCAGCUUUGCAAGAAUUAGACCUUCUCCUUCCAAAAGUCUGCGAGGCGCUAGUGCUCGUUGCGCAGAGUCUCACGACGCUCAUCCUCCGCGUGGAAGGGUCCUCGAAAGAUGGUAGCUCGAAUGAACCAGGGACAAGUGCGAAGCAAAGCGUCAACGCAGCGGCAUCUCCUUCGGGCGAAGGACUCGUCGAAAGCCUCGUCAAAACGCUGCGAUUUCUCGACAUCUUCGUACCCCGCAUAACCUUUGGUAAGGUCGUGGAGCGGCCUGCACCACCAGGAUCGACUGCGCAGCCAGGAUCGGCUCAGACGUCGAGCGCGCAGUCGCCGCCGCCAGGUUUCAAUUAUGUCAAGCGCGACCUCGUACGCCUUCUCGGGACCCUCGCGGCUGACAGCCGGGACGUGCAGGACCGCAUGCGUGCUUGCGGAGGCAUACCUGCCGUGAUGAACCUCUGCGUGGUCGAUGACCAGAAUCCAUGCACGGAGCACGCGAUCUUUGCGCUUCGGAAUCUGUUGCACGAGAACAAGGAAAACCAAGCAGUCGUGGAUGCAAUAAAGCCCGUCGGGCGCUGGGAUGAGAGGCAUGUGCUGCAAGGCUUAUGA